AUGAUUAACGCCAUCCGAGCUACAGAGCAACAACGGAUCUGGAAGCGUAAUGUUACUUCUAUGCUAAUUUUCAUGGCCGGCGAUAUGCUCUCUCUUGUCAGUCUCCUCGCUAUGUUCACGUCGUUUGUCCUCUUUACAGACCGACCUCUGCGAGCUCCGACGGCUUUCACAGCACUGUCUCUCACAGAAAUAUUACGAGCGCAGUUCGUAUGGCUAUCCAAGGUUAUCCAAUGGGUAGCACAAGGUCACAAAUCAUUACAGCGAGUCGACAAAUUUUUCGAACUAGCCGAGGAAAGAAAACGUCUCCCAGUUGGCCUGCCCGAGCUCACAGAUGCGACUUUCUGCUUGACACGUUCCUCCGGAUUUCAACUCCGUCAUAUAUCCAUUUCAUUUCGCGAAAAGGCGCUUAACAUUGUGACGGGACCAAUCGGCAGUGGCAAGACGUCCUUGCUGCUAUCACUCUUGGGUGAGACAACUCUAGAAAGCGGAAAAGCAACCUGCCCUCCGGACGUAGCCUACGUGCCCCAGACAGCCUGGUUACAAAACAGCACUAUCCGACAAAACAUUCUGUUCUACAGCUCAUAUGACGAGUGCCGAUAUAAGCGAAUUAUCCAUGCUUGCGACCUCGUAGAAGACCUGGCGCAAUUGCCUUCGGGCGACUUGACGCAUGCAGGAGAGCAGGGGUCUAGCCUUUCCGGAGGUCAGAAACAAAGGAUAUCAUUGGCGAGAGCAUUAUACUCAUCGUCUUCCACCCUUCUUCUAGACGAUGUAUUCUCGGCGCUUGACACUCACACUGCCUUGAGAGUCUACGAGCGAUGCUUCCGUAGCGGGCUCCUAGAUGAUCGGACAGUCAUUCUGGUAACGCAUUUUACUACGGCUAUAGAAGAUGCCGAACUAUUGGUGUCGUUGGCUCAGGGGAGAGUGUCGUCUACGAAGACAAAUGCUAAAAGCCCUUCCAAAUACGCCAAGUCGUAUUGGACAACUCACCAAGAGGAGGUUGAAGUCGACUCCUCAUCGCAAUCAACCACGGCCCCUCCGACAGCAGGGAUUUUUGUACAGAGUGAAACCACUGACUUGGUAAAUCAUGAAGUUCACGAAGUGGACGUAGAUGAAACUGCAACCGAAGAGAAGAGGGCGUCGGGGCGUGUCCCACGUGGAUUCAUUGUUAGAUACAUGCUACUCUUUGGGGGCUACAUAACCGCUACUCUUACGAUCCUAAAUACCUUCCUAGUACAAAUUGCCUAUUUCUCGAUCACCUUUUGGCUAUCCAUCUGGACUGGAUUAUCAUCCAAGCCCGACUACUCUUCCAAAGCGACAACAUAUCUCCUCAUACAUAUUGGCACGGUCAUGACGUUCAUAUCCCUCCAGUUUCUCAACAACUAUAUUUAUCAAAGGGGAGGGUGGAAAGCGGCGAAGACCAUGCACGAACGCCUGGUUGUUGCCGUCCUCAAUGCUCCUAUAGCUUGGUACGAUAAUACUCCUGUCGGUCGUAUUAUCAAUCGGUUCGGUGUAGAUAUACAGUCUAUGGACAGCCUUCUGGUGGACUGGUUACGCAUGACACUUGAUAACGGAAUUAGGCUUGCCCUGCGGUUGGCAAGUAUUGCGUCCAUAAUGCCCAUCUUUGCAUUGCCGGCGAGUUUCUUCUGCUUUCUCGGUUUUGCUACAGGAGAAGUAUAUGCAAGAGCGCAGAUAUCGAUUAAACGCCUCUGUGCCGUGCAAACUUCACCUAUCUUCUCUCACUUCAGCGAUUCUGCUGGAGGUCUUGCGGUCAUUAGAGCUCGCCAGCCGAUGGACGAUGUCUUCCAGACGAUCCUUGCUGAUAAGCUCGCCGUGUAUAUGCGCGCGAUGGAAGCUCAAUAUAACUGCAACCGAUGGGUGUCUAUCCGUUCCGACUUUUGCGCCGCCACGGUUGCGGUCGCGGCUGGAUGCAUAGCUUACUAUAAAUCCGGCGCUCCGGGUCUUGUUGGCUUCUCGCUAACUAACGCUAUUGGUUUAAGUCAAACUAUCCUGACGUUAGUGAGGAACAUGAACGAGUUAGAAGUGGAGUUAAAUUCGUUUCAACGUGUAUCCGAGUACGCGGAAAUCGAACCCGAGGUAAACUCCGAGGAAGAAAAGUCGAAGGCAACUGAGAUUCCUGCAGCUUGGCCGGCAACUGGUCAUGUGGAGUUCCAGAAUGUGACUGUUCGCUACACGAUGGAUGGCCCUGAUAUUCUACGGGGUGUGAAACUUAACGCCCGGCCAGGUCAGCGAGUCGCUAUUAUUGGUCGUACCGGUAGUGGUAAGAGUACCAUUGCGCGUUCCCUACUGCGCUCCACACACGUGGUUUCCGGUAGUAUAGUCAUUGAUGGUGUCAAUAUUAACAACAUACCUCUUAAACGUCUCCGAGAAAGCAUUAGCUUCGUGCCGCAGGACUCAGUCAUCUUCUCUGGGGAUAUCAGAUCGAACCUUGACCCCUUAGAGCAACUCGAUGAGGUAGAACUGCAGUCUGUCCUUACGGCGUGCGGUCUCACUCAAAUAUAUGACACCGAUAGCCAAGCGCCUGGUCGUGGAGUUUCUAUUCAUACUCAAGUUGCAGCUAAUGGGAAGAACUUUAGCAACGGACAAAGACAGAUUCUCGGGCUUGCGCGUGCUAUGUGCCGCCGGUCUAAAGUUGUUAUUUUAGACGAAGCGACGGCUUCCGUGGACCAUGAGACGGACGUGCGCAUGCAGCAGAUCAUUCGUUCGGAGUUUGCUGGCUCGACAAUCAUAACCAUUGCUCAUCGUCUGCGGACGAUCAUAGAUUAUGACCAAGUAAUCGUUAUGGAAGAAGGAAAAGUUAUAGAGGCUGGUUCCCCCAGGGACUUAAUCGACAUUGAAGGCGCCUUCUGGGGCAUGCUGAAAAACAGCGGCGAACACGACGAGUUGAUCGCGUUGGCAAAACACAACCAAUCAUAA